GAUUCACGAAAAUAUCUUCUCGAUUAUUUUCAUUUCCCAAUAAAAAAAAUGGCCAAUUUGACACUCACAUACUGUGUUAAGUAUCCUUAUUCAGCCUCUCCGAUACGUCGGCCACUCUCGCUGUAGUUUCCGAUUUUGCAAGCAAAGAAAUGGUGAAUCUGGGAUCGCUUUCUCUGACCAGCAGCAGUAGGUCGUCUAAGCCGAUGGUUCACAUCAGCUUCUGGAUACCGUACUUCACUCAUUGGGGUCAGAGCCUCCUGGUCUGUGGCUCGGCUCCUGGGCUCGGUUUGGAGGACGUGAAGAAAGGGCUGUUGUUGAAGCCAUUGCAUCAGGGUGAUGAGCUCAUCUGGACUGGAAGUGUUUCGGUUCCGCAAGGAUUUAGCUGCGAGUACAGUUACUAUGUGGUGGAUGACAAGAAAAAUGCCCUAAGGUGGGAGAUGGGGAAGAAACGCAAGCUCGUGUUGCCGGAUACAUUGAAGGGUGGAGAGUAUGUUCAGCUCCGUGAUCUUUGGCAGACUGGUGAUCAAGCUCUCCCAUUUAGAAGUGCAUUCAAAGAUGUUAUCUUCCGGCAGAGUUGGGAUUUGAAAAUAGACAAACCUCUCGGGGUGUUUCAGAAUACGUUAGAUCAAGAUGAUUCACUUCUAGUCCAAUUCAAAAUAUGUUGUCCAAAUAUCGGAGAGGAAACAUCAGUGCACGUUCUAGGAACCUCGGAAAAGUUGGGGAAAUGGAAAGUUGAAGGUGGACUUAGUCUGAACUAUGUUGGAGAUUCUGUCUGGGAAGCGGAUUGUCUGAUCCCUAGAGCCGAUUUGCCUAUCAAAUAUCGAUACUGUAAAGUGAGGAAGGCAGGUGAGUUGUCUUUGGAAUCUGGUGGCAACAGGGAGCUCUCUGUUCCUGUUGACAAUCGGCAAAGAAUCAUUAUCAUGUCGGAUGGUUUAUUUCGUGAAAUGCCGUGGCGGGGUGCUGGGGUAGCGAUCCCCAUGUUCUCUGUAAGGUCAGAAGCUGAUAUUGGUGUGGGAGAGUUUCUUGACCUAAAGCUUCUUGUUGACUGGGCGGUAGAGUCGGGGUUGCAUCUUGUACAACUUUUACCGGUGAAUGACACAUCGGUGCAUAAGAUGUGGUGGGACUCGUAUCCCUACAGCUCGUUAUCUGUGUUUGCGUUGCAUCCUUUGUAUCUUAGAGUCCAGGCUCUCUCUGAACGUUUACCAGAAGAGAUUAAGCAAGAGAUUGACAAGGCCAGGAAGCAGCUGGACAAAAGGGAUGUUGAUUAUGAGGCUACAAUGGAAACUAAGCUUUCAAUUGCCAAGAAAAUUUUUGACCUGGACAAGAACCGGACGCUGAAUUCUAGUUCCUUCCAGAAAUUCUUCUCGGAGAACGAGGGAUGGUUGAAGCCCUAUGCUGCUUUCUGCUUUCUCCGGGACUUUUUCGAGACAUCAGAUCAUAGCCAAUGGGGUACGUUUUCUCGCUACACAACAGAAAAGCUUGAGAAAAUAAUUUCUAAGGACAGCUUGCACUAUGACAGCAUAUGCUUCCACUACUACAUCCAGUACCAUUUACAUUUACAAUUGUCAGAAGCUGCAGAAUAUGCGAGGAGGAAAGGAGUGAUACUGAAGGGAGACCUUCCUAUUGGAGUCGACAAAAACAGUGUCGAUACAUGGGUGUAUCCCACUCUGUUUCGUAUGAAUACAUCGACUGGAGCACCUCCUGACUAUUUUGACAAAAACGGCCAGAAUUGGGGAUUUCCUACUUAUAACUGGGAGGAAAUGUCAAAAGACAACUAUGCUUGGUGGCGUGGUCGCUUAACACAGAUGGGAAAGUAUUUCACAGCCUAUAGGAUUGAUCAUAUAUUGGGAUUCUUCAGAAUCUGGGAACUUCCUGACCAUGCUAUGACUGGUUUGGUGGGGAAGUUCCGUCCAUCUAUCCCGUUAAGCCAGGAAGAGCUAGAAAAGGAGGGGAUAUGGGACUUGGAUCGGUUGAGCAAACCAUAUAUCCGACGGAAAUUUCUGGAGGAAAAGUUUGGAGAUUUUUGGCCCUUCAUUGCAUCGAAUUUUCUAAAUGAAACUGAGAAGGACUGCUAUGAGUUCAAAGAUGAUUGCAACACCGAGAAAAAGAUCGCAGCAAAGCUGAAAUUAUUAGCUGAAAAGUCUUUGUUGCUGGACGACGAGGACAAAGUUCGACGUGAUAUCUUUGACAUUUUACGUAAUAUCGUUCUUAUCAAAGAUCCUGAGGAUGAAAGGAAAUUCUACCCUCGCUUUAAUCUCGAGGACAUUUCAAGUUUCCAGGAUUUGGAUGAUAAAAGCAAAAACGUUCUGAAGAGACUUUACCACGAUUAUUAUUUCCAUCGCCAAGAGGAUCUAUGGAGGAAAAACGCUCUAAAGACCUUGCCAGUUCUGUUAAAUUCAUCGAAUAUGCUAGCCUGUGGCGAGGAUCUCGGUCUUAUCCCAUCUUGUGUGCAUCCUGUCAUGCAAGAACUAGGGUUAGUCGGGCUACGCAUCCAACGCAUGCCCAGUGACGCCGGUGUAGAGUUCGGGAUUCCCUCUACUUACGACUAUAUGACGGUGUGUGCUCCGUCAUGCCACGACUGUUCCACGCUACGUGCAUGGUGGGAAGAGGACCAGGAAAGAAGACAACGGUAUUUUAAGGAUGUGGUUGGUUCGGAUGAACUCCCGCCGAGCCAGUGUGUCCCAGAGAUCACGUAUUUCGUCCUGAGACAACAUGUCGAAGCUCCGUCUAUGUGGGCUAUUUUCCCUCUUCAGGAUCUAUUUGCUCUGAAAGAAGAGUACACAACCCGUCCUGCAACAGAGGAGACGAUCAAUGAUCCGACAAACCCUAAACAUUACUGGAGAUACCGUGUACAUGUUACCUUGGAUUCGCUCAUGGAGGACAAAGAUCUGAAAUCGACGAUCAAAAACCUAGUUUCGAGCAGCGGAAGAUCAGUUCCAGCUUCUGGGGAAGACGAGAAGCAAGGGGGAGAUAUCGUCAAUGGUUCCACGAAGUAAAAAAUAAAUAAAAAUCACAGCGGAAAAGCAUUUGCUUGUUACCCACGCUACAGUUAUGGCAAUAGUAGUUGUUCUCAAUCCUCGUGUAACGGAGGAUGAAUCAUGAAGCUCGUUGCAUUGUCUUGUUCUUCCCAUCUGCAACUUUUUCAGACAACUCAGGAUCACAACUCAUGUUUCUAGUCAUGAUCUUCUUCA